AUGUCACACCUACUUGAACUCGACGUCAACAUUGUGCCAUACACUUAUCGUUCUUCAUGCUUCAGCGUUUCCAGGCGAGGCGGCACGCAUAACUGCCUCACGCGCGGCUCUGAUACCUACCUCAUUUCGCACUGUCGGCCCUUCGGCGUGCCAAUCGUUGCGCUCCGCCCGGUCCUACCUGGUCAGCCCCUGCCAGAUCAGCCAGCGCGAUUCCACAGGACAGCACCCUCCGGCAUCGCAGCAUGUGCGACGCCAUCUGCGUUAAAGUGGUAUGAAGGCCAGAGAAUUGUUUCAGAGGCCGUCUUUCUGAAUGUACGAUGCAUUCGCUUCCGAGGCACCGUUCCAUUCGCCCUUGAUACCGAUCAGAAUGCCGACAGGUCUGCCUACAUUUACACCAACCCGCCUUAUUGCAGAGGCCCGCCUCCUUUCCAUCCCAUCACCGCAUUGAAAGGCUUGGUCUUCUAUUUUGAUGAAAGGAAACGCUUCCAUCAGCUCGCUCGACAAACAAGCUGA